AUGAACGACGGGGAGGCGGAGCAGCAGAUCAAGCAGAUGGUGAACUUCAUCUUGAUAUCCUGUGCAAAAGUAUCGCACUCGUACAAAUGCAAGUCUUGCAUUACAAAUCAAAAGAAAAUCAAAAGAAAGUAAAAAAAAAAUCAAAAAGAAAAAACGACAAGUCAAGCGCGAGGAGACUAGAAAAAAAAAGUCUUGCAUUACAAAUCUUGUUUCCAAGGCAAAUCUGCAUUUAUUUCUAUAAAUGCAUUACAAAUUUCCUCAGCGGCUGAGGAAAUUUGUAAUGCAUUUAUACGAGUACGAUACUUUUGCAAUGCAUACUUGAAUGAAGCCAAGGAAACUGCUGCGCAGAUCACGGACAAGGCAAAUGAGGACUUUAACGUGGAAAAGCUGAAACUGGUGCAGGCCAUGAAGGAGAAGACGCGUAUUUUUUGCAUUUUGUCAGGCGGAAAGCAAAGGACAGCAACAGCUACAGGCUUGCUCUCUGAUGAAAACCCACGAGAGGUCUGUGACUGCAAAAUUUCAAAUCGAUUUCUGUCAGGUACCGAAAUGGCCGACCAGAAGAAGAAGGUGAUGCAGAAGGCCGCCAUCGCCCGUUCGACGGCAAUCAACAAGGCCCGCAUCAAGAAGAUCGAGGCCCGGCAAAACUGCAUGGAGCUAUUGUCGGGUGAGGUAGCGGCGAAGCUGAAGGACGCGUCCAGAUCGGAGGCCAAGUACAAGCAGAUUCUGAUCGACCUCAUUGUCCAGGGGUGUUUGAAGCUGAUGGAGGAGGAGGUACAGUAACUGUCGCUGGGAACAAGUUUGUCAUGCUCGACGCGCAUGUGUCAUGUUUCAGCUUUGUCAUGUCGAAAGACCGAUACAAGUACGUCGAAAUGAAUAUAGCAACUCACUGUCAGGUGACCGUCAAAGUGCGAGCAGCCGAUGUGUCCAUUGCACGCGGAGUCCUGGACUCAGCCAGUCAGGCAUUCGCCAAAACCAUCGCUAAGGCAACGAACGUGCGUGCGUCCUUGAAAUUGACCUUGGAUUCAACGUAUUGAAUCAUAGCACGCUUUUACUUCUGAUUCUGGGGUGAUACAAUUUGCGAUGCUCCCCGACGAAGAUGCUGUCACUGCAUGACCAUGCGUUCUAUUAGCAUUUCAUUUUGUGAAACUCCAAAAUAACAGCAACCUCCCGGCUACUUGCCUCGGUGGUGUGGUGUUGAGUUGCCAGGAGGGAACGAUUUCGGUGGAUAACACGUUGGAUACCCGAUUGAAGCUGUGCCUGGACAACGACAAGCCAGAAUUGCGAAAGAUGCUCUUCCCGAAGAAGUGAGUCAAGGCUGUCGUGUCGAGCAGACGUGGGAAAACUUCGGCAUGAAGUUCCACGCAUAUUAAGGCGGCUUUUGCUUAUUUUCGGAUGUUGCAGCUUUUGAUACACUGCUUCUAGACUUUUUCUGAACAGCCACUACUACUCUAUUUCGUUUUCAGUCAGUCAAAAUAGCAAAAGACUUCAGUUUUGCUAAACAACCACUUGAAUUUAUGAUUACUUGUCCAGAGCUUGAUGAACAGUUGUUGAAGCGGGCGAGGUACUUGUCUGCUUUUUGAAGAAAAAAAUAACGUUGAAGUAGUUCUUUGAACAAAUUGCUGCAGUUCCGUAGAUCUCUUUUGUCUAUGGAUUUCAGUGAUAGAAACAGUCUCGGCUUUAUUUAUUUCUGCGCCUCGCUGUUGAAGAUGGGACUGAGCAAAGAGUCACCCUCGUCGAAUUGAAAUUUUAAUCGUCGCUAAUGUUCAGUGUGCAAUUCCUCAAAGUUUAAGUUAGUGCCGUCGUCGUUGAAGUGAGCGCUGCAAAAACGUGUCAUUCAGUGAG